AUGAGCGGUCAGCGAAAGAGUUGUUCCUUCGAAAUUUCUUUCGAUGAGCGGGACGUAUCUUCCGUUCCUAAACCGCAGCUCUCUGCUAAGAAAGCCGCGGAUACUCCAAAAAAGGAUAUAACCGUAAAGAUGGAAGAAGUUAGUCGCAGGAAAUCGGAUCUUCUACAGCAUACUCGGGAAAGGUGUGAAGCCCACCAUCAGCACGUGAAGUCUGUUAUUGAGGAACUCAACGCUAAGCGAGAUAGUCUGAAAAUUGAAUUAAUUGAAACCUCAGAAAUGAAGGAUGAGUUGGCUUCAAUGCGUCGUCGUCAAACUCUUGAGGAUAAGAUUGAGUCUGCCAAAAAGGAUCUUGAGCGAGUCGAUAUUGUUAGGAAAUCCCUAGCUGAAGAGACUGAACGGAAAAAGAAUGAACUUGAUGAAGACAUGGCUAAUAAGGAGAAUAAUAGGCGUUCUCUCCUUAUGAGUGUUAAGGAAACAUGCCAAUCCGAGCUGGAAAAGGUUGAGUCUGCUCGACUGCGACGCACCUCAAUGACCGAGACUUUGGACGAAUAA